CUCCAGCGUCUUCACGGCCCAAGAGGAGGACUGUCGCCACUCCGAGGAGCGGCGAUGGUGACGAUGGCGGUGGUGGCUCACCUGGGCAUCAUCCUCACGCUCGCAGCUGCGGGAGUCGGGGAGCGCCAGAGGCUGAGAGUAUCACCAGGUUCCUCAUCCUUGUGCCCGGAGGGAGAGGAGUUCCGGCACUGCGGCUCACCGUGCGAGAAGAGCUGCUCCAACCCUGUUGGAGAGAUCAGCUGUGAUGAGGAGUGCGUGCCGGGCUGCUUCUGCCCCGAGGGCUCGGUGCGGAACGACCACGGGUCACGGGAGUGCAUAGCGAGGCGCCAGUGCCCGUGCGUGUACAGAGGCGCCAAGUACCAGCCUGGGGACACCACGCAUGACGCCCUGGGCUCAUGCACGUGCACGGGCGCCCACUGGCAGUGCCGCGCGUGGCCCCGGGGAGGAGAGUGCUCCGUGAAGGGCGCGGGCCUCCUCACCUCCUUCGACCUGGCGUCCCAUCGCCUCCUCACCGAGGGCGACUACAUCAUGGCAGCGACAUCCGUGUGGAGUGUGCAGGUCUUCACACGGGAGGCAGACUGGGGUUUGCCACAGCUGGAUUCUGUGGCUCUCCUCACGCCCUCGGACUCGCUGGAGUUCGGGAGGGACGGCCUGGUGUUCAAGGAAGAGAGUUUGCUGCAGCUGCCGUAUCGGUCAGACUACCUGAAGGUCUUCCGCCAGAGUUCGGACUACAUCCAGGUGAUCACGCACUUCGGGCUCAAGAUCCAGGUCCAGGUCCAACCGAUCAUGCAGGUCUACUUGAGCCUGCCGGACGCGAUGCAGGGUCACGUCACGGGACUGUGCGGCAACUUCAACGGGGAGGAGGCGGACGAGCGUGUGACGCCGCAGCGAGUGCCCGAGGCGAGCGAGGCUGCGUUCCUCUCCUCCUGGAACCUCCUGCAGGGAGUCUCCUACCACCGCUUCACCCACGCAUCCAAGGCGUGCGCGGACGACGAGCUCAAGCGAAGCUGCCACGACGAGAUCUUCUCAGACGUCUUCCGCGACUGCCUCAGCCACCUCGACCCCACUCCGCAUCUUCAGAGCUGUGAGUUUGACGUGUGCCACUGUGAGAGGAGCGAGCUAUGCUACUGUGCGGCGCUGGGCUCUCUGGCUCGGGCCUGUGCCCUGCGCGGGGUGCCCGUGUACAACUGGAGCCGCGGAGUCUGCGAGGAGUCGUGCCCGGUCGGGCAGCAGUUCUCCUACUCGGUGGACUCGUGCCAGAGCACGUGCCACGGACUCGGGGAACCACACGCCUGCGCCGGGGAGGGGCCUUCUACAGGCUGCGUGUGCACAGAGGGGACUUUCCUGGACCACGAGGGAGCAUGUGUUCCGGGCAUCGAGUGCCCGUGCUACACAGGCCACGACAUUGUCCCGCCUGGGAAAUUCUACUGGGUCGGCGAUCUAGCCUGUGCUUGCGAGUAUGGAGUCCUCAGGUGCGAAAACCCCAUCACCAUGCUCGGUGGAAGAAUGCGACGUGAAAGCCCCCUCCAGGUCGAAAAUGCCCUCCAGCUCCUGGUCGAUGGCAGCGCCCUGAGAGGCAGGAGCCACGCGAAGGCCUGCGAGAGGACCUGCCAGACCAUCAACUUGCCCUGCCCGCCGUGCGAAUCGGACUGCCCGUGCGGGGAUGGACUUAUCCCAGACGACAACGGCAACUGUAUCCCUCCGGAGGAUUGCCCGUGCCAGCAUCACGGCAUUGUCUAUGGCAAGGGAGAUACCAUCAAGGUGGACUGCAACGUGUGCACGUGCGGCAGCGGCGCGUGGAGCUGCAACUCGGCCGAGUGCCCUGGUACGUGCCGCAUGUACGGGGACGGCCACUACGUCACCUUCGACGGCAAGAGAUUCAUCUUCGACGGGAACUGCGACUCCAGCAUCGUGCAGGACUACUGCUCCUCAGCCGAGGGCAACUUUCAGAUCAUCACCGGCAAGGACUGCAGUGCUGUGGACUCGAGCUGCUCCAAGGCGAUCCGCUUCUACAUCAAGGAUUACAACGUGGAGGUUCACAUGGUGAACGGGGAGGUGAUGGUGGUGCCCGUGGCCGGAAAGAUCCCGGCGAUGGUGGACGAUCUGACCAUCCACUCGGUGGGGCUCUACCGCAUCGUGCAGACCGGCAUCGGCAUCAUGGUCAUGUGGGACCGACGCACGAGCAUCUUCGUCAAGGUCGACUCCAAGUACAAGGGCACCCUGUGUGGCCUCUGUGGCAACUACAAUGGGCGCGACAGCGACGACUUGACAGCGGCCGACGGCUCCACGACCGCGUCCGUGCUGGCGUUCGGCAACAGUUGGAGGAUCAAGGAGAGCUGCGCCGUCAUGACGGAGGCGGUGGAGCCGUGCCAGCAGAACCCGCACCGCCAAGCGUGGGCGCUGCGCCAGUGCCACGUGCUCGCCAGUGACGUCUUCAGCUCGUGCCACGACCACGUGGACCACGCGCCGUUCCUGGAGGCGUGCAUUCGCGACUCGUGCGCAUGCGAUGGUGGCGACUGCGAGUGUUUCUGCACUGCAGUGGCUGCGUACGCCCAGGUCUGCAACGAAGCUGGCGUGUGCAUCAAGUGGAGGACGCCCGACCGCUGCCCCGUCUUCUGCGACUUCUACAACGAGGAGUCGGAAUGCACGUGGCACUACAAUCCAUGCAGUUCCCUUCCCAGCACCUGCAGCCACCUCCAGAAACUGAACCAAGGUUCCCUGCCUCCCAUCGAAGGCUGCUACCCGCACUGCCCGCCAGACACGCCAUACUUGGACGAGAACACCAUGCACUGCGUGCCAAAAGCCAACUGCAGCUGCUUUGUUGAGGAUGACGUCAUCCUGGCCGGGCAGCAGAUCCACAUCGCCAAGACAUGCCAAAUCUGCACAUGCGACAAUGCUGAGCUGCUUUGCGAAAUACCAGAUGGAUGCUGUUACCACGAACGACUGUACGAGCUGGGCUCCUUCAUAUCAAAAGAAUUCGACCCCGAUGGGUACUGUGCGACCACCAAAACUUGCUCGCAUCUCGGGGAGGUGGUAGACUCAGUGGAGUGUGGGAUAACUCCCAACACCACUACCGCGACCGCCGCCGUACCGCCGCUCCCAACCGAGCCACCCAUCGUCGGCUCGAGCACAGCUGUGCCCGACGUGGCUCCGACGCAACCGCCCAAGGGUCGUACGACCACGGUGGGCGCUCCGGUUGAAGGUGACACCACACAGCAGCCAACAGCAACGACGAGCGCGAGUCAAGUGCCCUGCUCAGGAAGCUGGUCUGAGUGGUACGACGAGCAGUCUCCGAAUGCCGACAACGAGGGCGACGAGGAAUCGUACCAGAAGGUCACAGCCUCGGGGAAAGUUGUCUGCGCGCCGGGAUUCUUGGUGGAAAACAUCGACUGCCGUGCGGACAAAUACCCGAACACACCGUGGGAGGAGUUGGGCCAGACAAUCACUUGUGACAAGGACGUGGGGUUGAAAUGCUCACACACGGAUCAGGCCAUGCCAUUCUGCUACAACUACAAGGUCAGGUUUUGCUGCUCGCUGAUUUCGCCAGCAACCACUGCUCCUCUGUCAACAGCACCGACAUCCCCAGUGCCAGAUGAAGAAAUCAUCGUUCCACCAGUUGAAGCCACAAGGCCACCUGGGCCAACCACAAAAAAUGUAACACCGAAACCCCCGGUUGACGAAAAGCCAACAAAGCCAGCUCCUGCAGAGAGUGGUGCUCCUCCUCCAGAACCAACUGCACCGAAGGACAAGACACCCCCACCUCCAACCUCCGGCAACAAGGAGCCAGAACCCUCACCUUCAGAAGGGCCAGUGCCAUCGAAACCCCCUGUUGAGGAAAAGCCAACAAAGCCAGCUCCUGAAGAGAGUGGCGCUCCUCCUCAAGAACCAACUGCACCGAAGGACAAGACACCCCCACCUCCAACCUCCGGCAACAAGGAGCCAGAACCCUCACCCUCAGGAGGGCCAGUGCCAACGAAACCCCCUGUUGAGGAAAAGCCAACAAAGCCAGCUCCUGAAGAGAGUGGCGCUCCUCCUCAAGAACCAACUGCACCGAAGGACAAGACACCCCCACCUCCAACCUCCGGCAUCAAUGAACCAGAACCCUCACCUUCAGAAGGGCCAGGUGUGUUCAUGUUGUAA